UAUCGACAAUCUUCUGGGCCAAGAUGACAGCGCCCUUCACAGAACCAACGACAAAUUACUGGCAGGAAAUCCUCCCAGAAGGCCCAGAUACCCCUCCACCAUGGAAGUAUGGUGUCCCAGCACGCUUACCCGACUCAAGAAUCCUCGUCCUUCCAAUCCGACCCCUGAAUAAUGCUGCUAAUGAUGCUGUCGCUUCUCUCCUCGUCAAUCAAGCCUCGCUCGAUGUAGUCGCAGAGCUGGGAAACUUCCUCGCAGAGCGUGUUCGCCCUUUCCAACCCGAGGUUAUCAUUGGGCUGCCAACCUUGGGCUUGAGUCUCGCUCCAAUCGUUGCUCAAAAGCUGGGACUGAAACGUUAUGUCCCUUUAGGAUAUUCACGGAAGUUUUGGUACACGGACGAUCUCUCGGCAGAUGUUUCAUCCAUCACAUCUCCCGGACUAGGUUUGAAGAAAGUCUAUCUCGAUCCGUAUCAGCUGCCGUUGGUCAAAGGGAAAAAGGUCGUUAUCAUAGAUGAUGCUGUGAGUUCCGGCAGAACUCUUCAGGCGACUUGGGAUAUGCUGGAGAGGAUUGGGUGUGAUAUUCAGGCGUGUGGGGUGGUUAUGAAGCAGGGCUCAAAGUGGAUGGGUGUUCUGGGUGAGGACAGGGUUUCCAAGCUGGUCUACGUGCUGGAAAGUCCACUGUUGCGAGCUGUAGACGGAGGAUGGGAUAUCCGGCCGUGAAGUCGGAGACCUGGGGUUGGGACCUUGAAUUUUCAGAUGAAAAGAUACUCGGACAGUUCCCUUGCCAGAGCAUAACUCGCUGGUACGUGAAACCUCGAUUCCAGAAACCGAAUCAAAUCAAAACGAAAGGCAAAUCUGAAC